AAAAAUCCCAAAUUCCAUUCCUCACAUCAGCAAUUCCUUCCCCAAACUCCCCCUGGAACUGGCAGCCCUUUCUCUCCUCCUGCCUUUAAUUAAAUCCUACUGUUUCUCUUUCUCUCUCCUUCCUCGUGUGUGUUGUUCUGAUACAGAGAGAGAGAGAGAGAGAGAGCGCAAGGGAGAGAGGAAAAAAUGUGUUGGUGAAAAAGAGAGUUUACAAAGUAUUUUUCCCUUCCCUCCCCCUACUGUUGGAGGAAUGGUUCCUUCCCCCUUUGGAUUCUCAAUCCACUCUCAUUCCAAGACUUUUUUGUGCGUGUGUGUAACAGGGGAGAGAGAAAGCUCUGCGCUCCGUGGGAAAGGAAUCACCAUCUCUAGCUGAACUCUACUAUCCAGCCCUGGUUUUGCUGUGGGAUAUGGUUGGCAAAGGACAGUGAGAUCCAGCCGGAGAGACAGGGACAUUGGAGAGGAGGAAAAUCCAGUUGAAGUCGUCAGUUUCCCUGGAUUUGGGGGAGACCGGGAGAGAGCAUGUUUUUUCUCUUUAUCUGGAUAUUUACGCUGCCUGAGACUCUAACACAAGCUCUUCAACCACGUUUCAUCCAGGAGCCAACGGACCAGACUGUGGUCGCUGGACAGAAGGUGGUGCUCACUUGCGUGGUGCUCAAUUACUCCGGCAUCGUACAGUGGACCAAAGAUGGUCUGGCCCUGGGUCUGGGGCAGAAUCUGAGAAUCUGGCCCCGCUAUCAAAUCGUUGGAAAUGUGGAGUCUGGGCAGUACAACUUGGAGAUAUCUAACGCCAGCAUUGUUGACGAUGCCAAUUUCGAGUGUCAGGCCACGGAAGCCGCCCUUCGAUCGCAGAAGGCCAAGUUGACUGUAUUAAUUCCUCCUGAAGAUCCAGUGAUAGACGGAGGUCCCGAAAUCCUGCUCAGGGCUGGCACACCAACCAACCUGACGUGUCGUGCUCACAGCGCCAAGCCCCCAGCUUCGGUUGUUUGGUUUCGGGAUGGCAACCAGCAGGCUGGAGAUGUCUACAGUACUGAGGUACUAGCUGAUGGGAAAAGGGCAACCACAGUAAGCUAUCUAUUGAUCAGCCCAACGGAUCAAGACAUUGGUCGGGUGUUUACAUGUAGGACAUCCAAUGAAGCCAUCCCAUCUGGAAAGGAGACCUCUGUCAAACUGAAUGUCCACCAUCCACCGACUGUAACAUUGUCCAUUCAUCCCCAAACAGUACAGGAGGGGGAGAGGGUGAGAUUUACCUGCAGCGCCACUGCUAACCCAGAGAUUAAAGGUUACAGGUGGGCCAAGGGUGGCAUGAUCAUCGAGUCGGCAAGGGACAGCAGUUUCGAGACACAAGUGGAUUACUCCUUUUUCACGGAACCAGUCUCAUGCGAGGUGCACAAUGAAGUGGGCAGCACAAACGUCAGUACGCUGGUGGACGUGCAGUUCGCACCACGCAUCGUGGUCGAGCCAAAGCCUACAACCACAGACAUGGGAUCUGACGUAACCUUGACUUGUAUCUGGGCUGGAAACCCUCCGCUAACUCUGACUUGGACAAAGAAGGGAUCCAACAUGGUACUAAGUAAUGGAAACCAGCUGUUCCUAAAGUCAGUAAAACAAGAAGAUGCUGGGCCCUAUGUGUGCAAAGCUAUCGUCCCACGUAUCGGGGUUGGAGAGAGAGAGGUCACAUUGUUUGUGAACGGUCCCCCUAUAAUUGCCAGCGAGGAGGUGCAAUAUGCUGCACGCGGAGACAAAGGCAAAGUGGAAUGUUUUAUCGGAAGCACCCCGCCGCCAGACCGUAUUGCUUGGGCCUGGAAAGAAAAUGUGCUAGAGACCGGAACUCUCGAGCGGUACACGGUGGAACGGACCACAUCAAGCAACGGUGUCCUGUCUACGCUCACCAUUAACAACGUCAUGGAAAGUGAUUUCCAGACCUACUAUAACUGCACGGCGUGGAACAGCUUUGGACCAGGGACGGCAAUCAUUCAGCUUAUGGAGAGAGAGGUGGUCCCAGUGGGAAUCAUAGCUGGAGCAACGAUCGGUGCCGGGAUACUUGUCAUAAUCUUCUUUGGCUUCUUCAUCUUCUUUCUCUAUAGACGUCGUAAAGGGAGUCGCAAGGACGUCACUUUGAGGAAGCUUGAUAUCAAAGUGGAGACAGUGAACCGGGAGCCACUGACCUUACACUCCGACAGAGAGGAGGACACCUCCAGCGUCUCCACAGCGACACGAGUCAUGAAGGCAAUCUAUUCCUCAUUUAAAGAUGAUGUUGACCUGAAGCAAGACCUUCGUUGUGACACCAUCGACAGAGAAGAGUAUGAGUUGAAGGAUCCGACCAAUGGUUACUACAAUGUUCGAGCCCAUGAUGACAGGCCAAAUUCAAGGACGGUGCUGUACCAAGAUUACCGUACUACAGGAGCAACAAGAUUUGAUGGACGGCCAUCUUCCCGUCUCUCUCAUUCCAGCGGUUAUGCCCAACUCAACUCUUUCGGUCGGGCCCCUGCUUCAGACUAUAGUACAGACCCAACUACUACAGUAACUCCAGCCACAACAGAUACUACCAGUCAACUGUCAUAUGAUAACUAUGAAAAGUUUGGGACGCAUGGGUUCCCCUCUAACUCUGGGUAUCCCACAUUCCGCCUUGGCUACACACAGCCAACCACCACAGGUAUGGAUCGGGGACCAUAUGAUACUUAUGACCCAGUAGGGAAGUACACAGGUGCCACACGCUUUUCAUACACUUCCCAACAUUCUGAUUAUGGACAGAGAUUUCAACAGCGAAUGCAGACACAUGUCUGAGGAUGGACUAAAAUGAUGGUGGGCAUAAAGGGGAAUAGCAGAGAGGAGAACAUUGCUUAAAAGUGAGUCUUCUCUGGGAUGUCACCAUAAGACAGGAGGGGACUCCAGGAAGAGCAGUGCCCUCUCACAAUGUCACCUGAUACUCAGGGACCCUUAUGUCUUGACCUCAGAAGUCCCCCUAAAACCAGCUGCAGUAGCCCAACCAGGCAGAGCCUUGUGGCUUUGAUAUGGAAGAAGAUGCCAAUCAAAAGGCUGGCCUUUUAGCACCUGAGCAUUCCUUCAAUACCACUGAUUUUGCCAUCUGGAGCAUGGCAACUGGUAUGACUAAGAGCCAACUAGGUACUGGUGAAGCUUUUGUCUCCACCACCACUUUUGAAUAACCCCCUGCAGACACUCCUCCCUUGGGCACAUUCCUGCUUUUUAACACUCCCAUCAACUGCCGCAAUUGUUGCGCUUUCAUUUUGACACAAAGCUGUUUUUGUUAUUUUUGUUUUAGGUUCUUUCUUUCUUGUUUGUUUAAUAGUCAACCACACACAUUCCAGCUACUGGAAGGGAUGGAGAGUAGAGGGGUAUAUCAAUGUAAGAUGCAUGCCAUGUAUGGUUUUGUCACUCUUUUGGUGUAGAGUAGACCUCACAACCCUUGGAAGCUAUUCUGAGUAUUGCUUGCUAAAAAAAACAACUCUAACGAGUUGGACGUCUGACAUUUAAGUUGCUUAACCAGUGACGCUUUUUCCACUCAUGUUUGAUUCUAUUUUCUGCUGGUGCAAGUUGUAUAAGACGGUAUUCAGCAACAACACAAAUGUUAGGUUCUAUAAUGAGUCAUACGGACUAUGCUGUAAGACCAACAACCGAUACACAAACAGGACUUGUCUAUGAAAGGCAUUCACACAUAGCAACACUUUUUAAAGUCAGCCGUAUGGUAAGGUAGAUAUGUACAUAAUAACAAAGAACUUCCCCCCUGAAUAGUUUGCACAUUUUUGUUUAUUAAACAGGGCUUUAAAUGGGAAUUAAUAACUACAGGUCUCGAUGUUAAAAAAAGACGGACAAAUACCCAUCAGAGAAAUGAGUUAAAAUAUCUGUGACUGAUGAAGACUAUAUACCUACAGUACUGUUUCGCUAAAAGGCCAAGGGGUAUAUUUAUCAAAGAGUGAAGUUAAUAGUGAAGUUCCGCCACUAGAGUGAAAUUCCGCCACUUCCCAUUCAUUUCUAUGGGGUUUUUAAAGG